GAUGGAUAAGGGAACAGCAGGGCACACAGCAGCCAUCCACUCCCCCCGUCGGCCACGAGCUGACGAGCACAUCCUCCCCUGCCGCCCGCGAGCACGGCCCCAUCCAGAAUCAGGCCAACAAUUACACAGCUCCCUCGGGCCUCGAGACAUUCCCCUUGAACCCAACUGGCGAAUUAGCAUUCCCAUCCCACCACCACGCCCACAAAAUCAGCAAGAGGAUGAUGCAGUAACAAACGACGGAGCAGGCGAAGCAGCACUGACCCCAGAUUUACCUGCACAAAAUCAGAUGGCUGCCUCUGCAUCUGCUUCAUCAGUCGGCAGGAUGCUGCAGGCUUCGCUCGCGGCGGCAACCGCUGCCGUCCCUUCGACCUUCGUCUCGCCGCCGCAGCAAGUCCCAGCUUCUCCCGUGCGACGACGUCCUGGCGGCGUCGCCGUCCGGUGCGCGCCGAGCGGCGGCGUCGCACCAGCAGGCGACAAGACGUCGAAGCUCAGGGUGGGCUCGCCGAUCGUCAUCCUGGAGGCGCCCGUGAUGCUGAAGACCGCCGCGUCGGUGCCGUCGCUCCGGCACAACGGCGGCCAGGUCAAGCCCGGCGACGUCGGAAGGAUCAUGGCGCGGAAGCCCAAGGACGUCUGGGCCGUGCGCCUCGCCGUCGGCACGUUCCUGCUGGACGGCAAGUUUUUCAGGCCCUUGGACGCCGACGAGGAAGACGACGGGUCCCCAGAUGAAUGACAAAUCGAUGAUGCCUCAGUGCCUGCAAAAUCUGCAAUGCAAGUUUUGCUACACACAAGCCGUGCGAACAUGUCAGUAGUGAGUCGAGGUGAUUGCAAUCACAGAUGUGCAACUCUAGCGCGCAGGUGCAUCAAAAAGAAAAGAAAAAAAACUCUAGCGCGCAGGCAUACAUCAAACUGUCGAUGUAAUAUUCGUCAAAGUUUAAGUCCAUGGUUCAAAGACAUUCCAACCCUGUCGCAAAGCAAUUUUCAAAGGAAUGCUAAUUUAUUCGGCUGUUUCUUCUUGCCGGAGAAUGCUCAAAA